AUGCCUGAGAUUAACUUAACAACCAACAUCAAGGUUGAAGACCCUAAGGCGCUCGUCCUCGGCCUCUCCAAACUCGGCUCGGAACUACUAGGCUACUCCGAAGCACACUUCCAAGCGCGUUACACGUAUAACGAGUUCCAAUUAUUCGCAGGCUCCUUCGACCCUGCUUUCUCUCUCGAAAUCAAACACAUCGCAGUAACACCAGAAACAAGCGAGAAAUACACUAAAGCCUUCUCCGAGUUCUUAACUUCAAAACUCGGAGUUCGGAACGAUAGAGGUUUCGUUAUAUGUCAGCUUAUUGAGAAAGAAAACGUCGGGUUCAUGGGUACGACUGUCGAGAAGAUCCUACGUGCAAAGGCAGCAGCAAACACAGCAUGA